AUGUAUAGGCAGGUGAAAUUGGACAGAGAAAACCAGCCAUUACACUCUAUACUCUGGAGAAACACCAAAGAUGAGCCAAUUCAAACCUACGAAUUAACCACUGUAACCUACGGUACAGCACCAGCAGCUUACCUGGCCAUAAGAACAAUGAGACAACUAGCUAUAGAUGAAAAGAAAAACCACCCCCUUGCGGCUGAAAUAGUGCUACGGGAUUUCUACGUGGACGAUCUUCUGAGUGGCGCAGACACUAUUGAAGAAGCACGACACAUACAAAAGGAAGUAACUGACCUACUCAAAAAGGGAGGAUUCAAUAUAAGAAAGUGGAAAUAUAACGUACUAACCGAAAGCAAAUGCACCGUCACGCUGGACGACAAAAAUGGACCAACCAAGACGCUCGGUAUAACAUGGACUCCCAGAGAAGAUAAUAUUCAGUAUCUAAUAAAACGGAACGCCGAACAUCGGUUAACAAAAAGAAAAAUCUUAUCAGAAAUCGCCACAAUCUUCGAUCCUCUUGGAUUAUUAUCUCCAGUCAUUAUACAGGCGAAACUGUUAAUGCAAGAAAUAUGGAAAACCAACACAUCUUGGGAUGAACCACCACCAGAGCACAUCAGGAACACCUGGAAAAACUUCAGAAACGAGCUUCCAAAAUUAGAAGAAAUUCAAGUUCAACGCUGGAUUCACCUACGGCGUGGUCAACCCUUGGAAAUACAUGGAUUCUCAGAUGCAUCCCUGAAAGCAUAUGGCGCUGCAGUAUACAUAAAAACAACAGACACAAAUGGGAACACCCACGUAGGAUUCCUGGCUUCCAAAUCAAAAGUAUCACCACUAAAAAAUACAAAGACAAUCCCGCAGUUAAAACUCUGCGCAGCCCUUCUUCUAGCCAAACUCAUCAAACGCUGCGUUACGGCCCUGAAUCACAACAAUUCAAAAAUAUUCACCUGGUCCGACUCUCAAGUAGUAAUAUCAUGGAUAAACGCUGACGCUGGAAAGUAG